CGUCAUGGACGCAACCGGCUGUGGUCGAACUCAUGACCUCAAAGAUGAACUAGUGUCGCAUUGUGGAUUCUUUAUUUUAAUAUAACGGAGAGAAAAGCAAAUUAUUAACUUUAGUCUCUCUAAAGAGUUUCGCUUCCGUCUCAGCUGAGGGGAAAUGAAGACGCUAACGUUAGUAACGUUGACGAACAACGGCCGCACGCGAGGUGGAUUCCGUUGAUGUCCAAAGGUCCCGCCUCCGACGAGAAACGCACCUAUCAGUGAUGGUUAUGGAGGAUGAUGGCCGUCCCCACAGCCAAUCAGAACCAGACACCCUGUUACCAGUGGGCGGGACAGAACGGCUGGUCCACAGCUUCAUCUCCAGGACCCUUCUAUAAUCAUCUGCCCAGCGUUCAGCAUCUCAGCCUAUGCUCACCUUCUGACCAGAGACCAUGUUACGGCCACCUUCAGGCUUCGAACCAGGGCUGCCUGAGCAACCUCAAUGCCUUUUCAUCCAGAAACAGCAGCGAUCACAGUACGCUCUAUGCUAAUAAUGCUGAGCAGAGUGUGCAGCAUAUCAUUCCUAGUGCCCAUGUUUCAUCCAUGGUUCCAGCUGCAGGCCAAGGAAAAAAUAUACCUCCAUGUUCUCUCUCUCUUAUGAACAAUGGGACACAGCCUUGCAAGUCCCAACAAAUGUCACCUUACGUUGCUCACAGCCCUUACCAAGCAAUAUCUCCCCCUUUCCAGCCUCCAUACACACAUCAAGGUUCACUGAAUGGACCUCAGUCACCACAACAAAAACAUCUGCCCAUUAGCCAACCAUCAUUUGGACAAUGUGUAAACCAGAAUCCACAGUGUACACCCCAGCCUGCAUUUGAGAGGGCAAAUAUGGAGUCUGCUGUUAGUGCUGGAUAUAUCCACAAUUAUGCCUCACCCGACUCUCCUAUCCAACAGCAGCCUCAGUGGACACCUCCACUACACUCUAGAGGAACCAUAAAAGAGUUUGUUCCAAGUACAGCUGCACAGGACAGGAACAUCACACCACAGUCUCCCAACUCUGAGUCUCGUUAUGGCCUGGACCCAGAGCUGCUGCCCAGUGCUGUGAAGGUAAUUGCAGAGGACAGGGCAGAGUGGGAGGGCAAGGUCUUCGUCGCAGAGCCUUUUUCUCGUCUUCCUCCUCUGGCAACGACUUCCUGUAUCAUCGAAGACAGAGGUAACACAAGUCCUUUUGCCAUCCGUUCCACCUCAUACUGUGUGCCCUGCGAAAGUCAGACCGCCCUGCUCAGUCGUUUGCCGCUGGGAGCUCUGGUCACUCCUCUGGCAAAACAAAGUCCUGGAGAGAAGCCUCUCCCAGUUUGCAAAGAGUCAGAGUGUGUUGUGGGAUGUAGUUGGUGUGGAGCCUCCAUGUGCCCGGCGAUGGGCUGGCAGGACUGUGGUCAGAGAUUUUACUGCCCCUUCUGUGGUAAACUCAGUGAAGUGCCGUGGCAACACUACCAGCCCACCAGGGGGGUGGAGGGGGUUCGGGUCGAUAAAGACAAGAGGCCUGAACUCAGUCUGGGGUCAUAUGAGAUUCUCAAUUCUCAGACGGGUGAACCUGCUGCACUGCUGCUAGCCAUAGACGUGUCUGCCUCAGCGCUGAGAGGAGGACAUUUGGAGUUUAUAACACAACAAAUACACACUCUGCUCACCUCUCUGAACAGGGAAGAUGGUGACGCCUUGUCGGAUGUCCGCGUCGGCUUGAUGACGUAUGACAGAAGGAUCCACCUGUACAACCUCAGCCCCGCCCUGUCUCGCCCUCACAUGCUGGUCAUCACAGAGACAGAAGACCUGCAGCUUCCCGUGAGGGAGGGGCUUCUGGUGUCCCUCAAAGACUGUAUAGACAGCAUCGACAGUGUGCUGCAGCUUAUUCCUCAGUUCAGUGCAGAGUGUGAUGACUCUAGUGGAGUUCCAGUGGAGCUGCCGGUCAAAGCCGGGCUAGCUGUACUGCAGGCUUUGGGUUGUCCUGGCAAGCUGCUGAUCUUCCAUACUGCCUCUCUGAUAGAGACGGGACACACAAACUCCUCCUCAGGGUUCUUUGGCUCCAACAAACCAAAGUCCAUCUUUCAGCCAUCAGAGCCAGCCGUCUCUUUGGCCAAGGAGUGCGUCCGUCAGGGCUGCGGCGUUCACCUGUUUGUCCUGUCCCAACAAGACGUGGGUGGGGCUUGGCCCGGGCACAUUCCAUAUCUUACAGGCGGAGCUCUGCACACCUACAGCCACCUCCAGGGAGAAUUGGACAGAGAACGUUUCAGCGCUGAUCUAAAGAGGACUGUAGAUGUGGACACAGGCUACAAGGCUGAGCUCAGGAUUUUUGUCAACAAAGAUUUACGUGUGUCCGGCUGUUUUGGGCUGUUUGUCCCCGGACCGAGCCCCGGCCAUGUCGCCAUGGCAACCCUUGAUUGGAGGACAACACUGGCUGUGGAGCUUGCCCACACCAGAGCUCUGGAUGAGACACGAGGUGUAGCCAUACAGACUGUAUUGUCUUACAGCACACAGACAGGAGACAGGAGGACCAGGGUUCACACUCUGACCCUGCGCUGCUCACGUCAGCUACAGGAUGCUUUCCGCCACUACCAGGCCCAAACUCUACUCACCUUCUACUGCAAGAAGAUGUACUGUGCAGUGUUGGAGCGCCCUCUACAGGAGCUGAGGGAGGAACUGCAGACAGAGAUAACAGAAGCAUUGACGUCCUACCGCAAACACUGCUGCUCUGCCUCAGUGUCUGCAGGACAGCUGGUCCUUCCUCAGUACCUGCGAGCUCUUCCUGUUUACAUCAACAGUCUGAGGAAGAGCGAGGUGCUGCUGCCGGGCCUGAGGAGCUCCAUCCACCAGCGACUGCAGCAGCACUGCCAGGUGCUCAGCAUGGACACCUGCAGCACCGCCACACACUUCUACCCUCUGCUGCUGCCUCUGCCUCUGUCAGUUGAGAACUACGACCCUCCAAACCCAGAGAAGGCGCUGCGCUGCUGUGCCGCCAGCCUGGAGCCCAGGGCUCUGUAUUUGGUCCACGCACCCCUCACUCUGCUGCUCUGGGUGGGCACUCAAGUCCCAGCAAGCACCCUGGUCGAUCUCUUCAACACCACUUGCUUCUCCUCCCUGCCCUCUGGAGAGACCAAGCUGCCAGUUCUUGACAACCCUCUGUCCGUUAGCAUUCGAUCCCUCAUCAACACACUGAACUCCCAGGUGCCCUGCGCCCGCCAGCUGUGGGUGGUGAAGCAGGGUGACACCUGUGAGGAGGCUCUGCAGCGCCACCUGGUGGAGGACAAGAGUCCCAACGGGGGAGCGUCCUACGCAGACUUCCUCUACCAUCUUCACGUCAACUCUGUCCGGCUGCUGCAGUGACCCGCACACACACACA